AACUAACGUCGUUUUGGUUUUCAAAUUCAAGCCUUUCAGUUUUUUUUUUUUUCAUGGCGUGCCGUAGGAAAUUUGGAAUUCCUUGGCCUGAAUGCAACGACGGUCUCUCCUACGACGACGUCGUUCGAAUCUCUGAUUCUGGGUUGACUCUGAUAGAGUUUUACUCUACCAAGUACAAAAGUUCUGCUCCCUUACAAGGUUGGUUGCAGCGUAUAAAAAGUGGACAGAUAACAUUUGAUGGAAGAGUUGUUACUGAUUCCAACGCAGUCCUCAGAGUUGGUUCAAAGCUAGUCUAUCAUAGACUUCCAUGGAAGGAACCUGAUGCCCCACAUAUGAUUGAAGUAUUGUAUGAAGAUGAUGACAUGAUUGCUCUAAAUAAACCUUCUGGCUUGCAAGUUCUGCCAGGAGGGCUCUUCCAGCAAAGGACAGUUUUGACACAGCUUCAAUGGGAAGCCAAUUUGCACAAAAAGUCGCAUCCUGUCCCAGUACAUCGCCUAGGGAGGGGAACUUCAGGAAUUUUGUUAUGUGCAAAGACAAAACUAGCCAGAGCUCGUCUUGCAUCUUAUUUUGCUGAUGGAACUUCUAACAUUGGAGGAAAAAGAAAUACAAAACAGGAAAUUGGGAAGAUUGCAAAGAUAUACCGAGGACUUGCGAGUGGGAUAGUGGAGAAUGACCAGGUGACUGUCAAUCAACCAAUUGGAGUAGUUAAAUAUCCAGGUGUUGCUAAAGGGUUAUACGUUGCCUCUGAAUCAGGAAAACCAGCACUCAGUGUGGUGAGCAUUCUGGAGAGAAACGUACAAGAAAACAGCACAUUGGUCCAGGUUAAAAUUCAGUCUGGACGACCACAUCAAAUCCGUAUUCAUCUUUCUUUCAUUGGGCAUCCUCUGUUAGGUGAUCCCCUGUAUGGUGUCGGCGGGCAACCUAAAUGCUUAGAUUGUGAUUCUAUAGAUGAGAGUUUUGCUGAAGAUGGGGGUUAUCACAGGCCUAUAAAAGCAGUUCCUGGAGAUUGUGGGUAUAACUUGCAUGCACAUAAAUUGGUUCUGUCUCAUCCAUUAACUGACGAGAUAAUUGAAAUCAAUGCACCGCUUCCUUCUACCCUUCAGACACCUGAAGAGGCAAAGGAAAUUGCUAGUAUGAAGCAGACUUUUCAAGAUGUUUAAGUGAAAGAUAUAUGAAGCCAAAGUAAUGACGUGUUAUCUUCCUUGCCAACAUUUGUAUUCAAAAGUUCUAUCAAACACGACUACUUGAUAUCUCAACAAAUCCUCAUUUUCUUCACGAAAUUGUUUCACUGAAUGAUAAUGAUCUCCAAUUGCUCAACAUAUUUGUUAAAAUUUGUGAG